CAAAGUUUUGUGUGGAAAACCUAGCUGGCAGAGAGGGUUGUGAGAUAUGGCACCUUGGAGAUCAACAAAUCCAACAACAGCCCUUGGCAGUCCGAGACACAGGAAGUGCAGGAGACGGCAUCUCUCCAAUUCCAGAGACUCCAUGCAGAGGCGAGGGAGAGAGGAGAGGAGGAGAGACACCUCCCGGCGAAGGAGGCCCCACGCCAGCCCUGCCAGGACACACAGAUCAAGGACCUCUCCACAGAAGCACAGGAAAGAAUCUCCCCGGCGUGCACGGAGAAAAGCUAACUCCAUCCGGACGCGCCGAUCCCAAACGCAGAGGCGAUCGACCCCUGGGGAGAGCGGCACGAGGGUGGGGCAGGAGCGAGGCUCCGAGAGCAGACGAGGCAAGGCGGCGAGUGAAGUGGAAGGAGAAGAGAGGAUGGAGAGUGGUCCCGUAGAAACCACAGUGUCUAAAGAGAGGGACGGCUGUCAGGAAAGACAGUGUGAAAUAGAGGAGCAUUCACUCCUGGGCCGAUUUAGACUGAGGGUUAACAGAAGGGAGAAGAUUAGGAGAGGUGGAGCCAGAACCAGAGAUUCUUCACAGAGUUUGAGAUCCAAGGGGAAUAACCCAUCUGAGGACUCGGUCAAAGACUCUCUUAGCCAAAGUCGAAGCCAAAGUGAGAGGUCCAUUCCCAGACAUACGCUGGGAGUCAGAGCUAAGCCCCAAGCUGGGCACAUGCAACCUGGAACCAAAAGGGCUGCUGCCCUCACCAGAGGAAAAGGAAGGAGAGGAAAACAAGUUAGGAUCGAGAAUGGGUACCAGAGCUCACCCUCUUCCUCCUCAAACGAAGGAGGGUGUGUCAAUGACAGUAACAGUGAAGAUCCAGAAGGGAAGGAGGACUUUAAACAGAGAAGCAGGAGAAAAAGGGCUUGGCGGUAUUCAGAGGAGGAGAAAGAGGAGGUAGAUGAGGCACAGACGUUCCUGUUGUCUGACAGUCCAGAGACACCGGUACUUGUCCAUCAUAUGACCCGGGGAAGGAAAACGCAGUGUCUACAGUUACCACCAUCUUCAAACUACAGAGUGACGGAGCCCUCAAAAUCCAGCUUGUUCUAUUUCGGCCCAAACCCCAGCAGCUUCAAGUCUCUCUACUCGCUGGGAAGCAUGCUUGGGAAAGGUGGUUGUGGGGCUGUGUAUGCAGCAAUCUGCAAAACCAAUGGUCGACAGGUAGCUAUAAAGUAUGUGAAGAAAGGAAUGGCUGAGCCGUAUGUGAAGCUGCCAGGACUGGGGCAACCGGUGCCCCUGGAGGUGGCCCUGAUGCAGAUCGUCAGCCACCCCCCAGCCUGCCCCUACGUGCUGCAGCUGCUGGAGUGGUUCCAGGAGGCAGAGCGGUUCAUCCUGGUUCUGGAGAGGCCCUACCCCUGCAUGGACCUGUUCGACUUCAUCGAGGUGCUGGGGGGCCAGAUGGACGAGUGUCUGGCCAGGGCCGUCAUGAUCCAGGUGGUCCUGGCGGCGUGCCACUGCAGAGAGAGAGGGGUUCUGCACCGGGACAUGAAGGUCGAGAAUCUGCUUGUGCAGACGGACACUCUGAGGGUCAAGCUCAUCGAUUUUGGCUGUGGAGACUUGUUGAGGACCAGUAGCUACAGAGACUAUUCAGGCACGGAGGAGUUCUGUCCCCCGGAGUGGGUGCUGCGCGGGGUCUACCAGGGCCGCCCCGCCACCGUCUGGUCUCUGGGAGUCCUGCUCUUCAGCAUGGUGUGUGGGUACCUGCCUUUCAACCAGGAGGCAGACAUCAUCUCUGGACGCCCACGCUUCACGAAGGACCUUAGUAAACAAUGUAAGAAGCUCAUUGGCUGGUGUCUGCAGCAGGACCCAACCAAGAGACCAGUCCUGGAGCAGAUACUCCUUCAUGAUUGGAUGUUAGCGAGUGAGGUGUCAGAACACUCCAGGCCUACAGUCGAUCCUCCUCCAUCACAUCCUUAAUUGUCGCCAUACCAUUACACUAUAUUAAAAUGUUAUUCGAUCUUCAAAAAU